UCGUCGCUGUUUAUUUUGAGCAUUAUCUUGAUUUCACAGCUCUAACGCUGGUUAUCUUUGCUUGCAAAAUCAUCAAGAUUGUUCCGUUGCGUUAAAAGAUUGGAUCCAGUGCAUGGAAUGGCGUAGCACGUCCACAACAUAGCCGAAAAGUGUCGAGCUUCCGCGUUGCUUUCGCAUCCGACAUGGGAUCUCAUUCUGCCGUGCGGAAAUUUGGUGCCUGUGUGCUUAUUAUAUUCGUGUGGGGCCAGUCUGAAGCAUUGUUUGCUGGUCACAUAAGAUGGUGCACGCUGAACAUCUAUGAGCAAGAAAAAUGUUCAGAUUUCAACAAGACCCUGAUUAAAGAAAGCUACAAGUUUGGAUUCAAUGCUUUUUCAGUGGAAUGUGUGCAGGGUUUCGACAGCAGCGAGUGUAUGCGGAUGGUGGACCAGGACCAGGCGGACCUGCUGGUCCUGGACCCGGGCCUCACCUUCAUUGCCGGUCGCUUCCAUAGCCUGGUCCCCAUCAUGCAGGAAGUGUAUGCAGACGGCGGGCGCGAGUACUACUCGGUGGCCGUGGUGAAGCGCGACUCGGACAUCCGGCGCCUGUCGGACAUCCGCGGCAAGAAGGCCUGCUUCUCGGGCGUCGGCAGCCUGGCCGGCUGGGUCAUGCCCAUCGCCAAGCUCAUGUCCAAGGGUGAGAUGAGCAUCGCCGACUGCAACAACCACGUCAAGUCUGUGUCGGAGUUUUUCGGGGAGAGCUGUGCUGUCGGAGCGCUGACCACCCAGUACAACCCGCUCGGCGACAACUCCAACAAGCUGUGUGACCUGUGCGGCGCCGAGCAGCCGGGCCAGAAGUGCACCGACGCCGACCCGUACGCCGGCACCGAGGGCGCCUUCCGCUGUCUGGUGGAGGGCGGCGACAUCGCCUUCGUCAAACACUCGACGCCGCGCGAGAUGAUGAGCGCCGGCCUCCGCAAGGGCACCGGCGUCCGCCAGGCGGGCCAGCAGGCCAUCACCAGCACGGCCAUCCCGCCGGACCUGGACGAGACGAUGUUCGAGCUGCUGUGUCUGGACGGGAAGCGGGCGCCGCUCGCGGAGUACCUGCGCUGCAACUGGGGCCGCAUUCCCAGCCACGCCGUGCUGACGUCGUCGGCGCGGCCGCGCGAGCUGCGCAUCCAGUACCAGCGCUUCCUCAAGGAGGCGGUGAACCUGUACGGCUCGCCCUCGCCGACCACGCCCGAUCCGUACGGCGACUUCCGCUUCUCGCUGUUCGAGUCCUUCCGCUACGGCGUCCGGCCGAACCUGCUCUUCCAGGACUCGACCGUGUCGCUGUACCCGAUCAAGCACGACGACCAGCUGUACCUGCGCUACCUGGGCGACGCGUUCACGCCGAUCAUGGAGGUGCGCUCGUGCCCGGUGCGCGCGCUCCGCCUCUGCGUCACCUCGCACGCCGAGCAGAUCAAGUGCAACCAGAUGCGGCAAGCGCUUCGGGCCCAGCUGCUGAAGCCGGAGCUGAUCUGCUUCCGGGGACACAGCACCGUCGACUGCAUGCGGGUCAUCAACAGGGGUUUGGCCGACAUUGUGAUGCUGGACCCGGGCGACGUCUACACGGCCGGCAUGCGCUUCAACCAGGUACCCAUCAUGAACGAGGUGUACGACAAGGACAAGUCCUUCUUCUACGUAGUGGCCGUCUCCAAGGAGACUGACCUGGACACCGACCUGCUCUACCUGAGAAACAAGAAGACGUGUCACACGGGCGUGAUGGACGGCGCCGGCUGGGUGAUCCCGCUCGCCUACCUCAUCUCCAACGAGCGCAUCCGCGGGUACGGCUGCAACUCGGUGCAGGCGGCGGCGCAGACUUUCACCAAGGCGUGCGCGCCCGGCGCCCUCAGCAGCGACUAUAACUUCGGCUACACCUGGUACAACCUGUGUCAGUUGUGCCACGGCUCCAGUGGGAACUACUGCUCCCGGGACGCCUCGGAGGGGUACUACGGCCACACCGGCGCGUUCCGCUGUCUGGUGGAGGGCGGCGGGGACGUGGCCUUCGUCAAGCACACCACCGUCCAGGAGAACUGCGACGGCAAGCGCCAUGAGUUCUGGGCGCGCAACCAGCUGACCGCCGACUACCAGCUGCUCUGCCGUGACGGCACCCGUGCCCGCAUCCAGGACUACCCCACGUGCAACGUGGGCCGCGUGCGCACCAACGCCAUGGUGACGCGCGGGGGCGAGGCACUGAACGAGACCGAGAUCAACACCAUCCUCAACCUGUUCAUGCACGCUCAGCAGCACUUCGGACAGAAGUUCGGCGACGAGUUCAACUUCAAGAUGUUCCACUCGUCUGAGCCGACGGCCGACCUCAUCUUCUCGGACGCGGCGCAGCAGCUGCGGCCCAUUCCCAAGGACGAGCGCAACUACAGAGCCUACCUGGGCAAAAACUUCCUGGAGGCACGCGCUGUGGUGGACUGCCGAGCCGGCGCGGCGUCCCUGGCCGUCUCCCUGGCAACGGUCGCUGUGGCGGCGGCCGCGCGCCUUCUGGUGUGACGCGCGGCUGAAGCACAUCUCAUCUGUACAUUGUCGUACCCGGGGACAGGACACGCCAAUCACACAGUGCAACAGUGCAACCGUCGUCCGUGAAGUGGUGGAUAGCUGUUAGGAGAAGCGGCGCACGCGACCGACUGAGGAUCGGAAUCUCGGACCGUGUGUGACUCGGCGCGCGGGCCCCGCUGCGCUGUCCGAGGAGGCGCCCGCCGGCCUGUCCAGCGGCUGUGCAGCUCGGGUCCUGGGGUCGUCGGCGUUGGCCCAGCGAGGCGGCCGCCUUGGCGUGCCUGAACACGAUCCUCAGAUCCAUUCGGCCGGCCGUCUUUGUGGUGGUGACGGUCAGCCGUCGGUGGUCGUGCGGUUCGGCUCGCCGUGUUGUCAUCGUCGUGUGCUUCGGACCGGGACGCCCCGGUCGCCAGAUGACCGCUCCUCACCCGGACCUGGUGCCCGCGUGGUCGAGCCGCGGCGUGCACAGCUGGCUCGAGUCGCCGCAGCCGCUCACUGGCUCGCCACCCGUGCAUUGCCUUGCGCUCGCCCCAGAUCUGCGCAAAGAUCGGAAGCAGACGGCUCAAACGUGACGGAAUCCGUAGCUAGUGUGUGAUGCGCACGGCUGGGCAGGGCGUGCGCCCAGUGUACGGGCCUCUGGAUGUGGCUGCACCGAUACCACGCCGUGGACGGACGACGACGGCACUUUCGAGUCAGAGUCAAUGUCAUUGGUGAGCGCUGGUCUGACUGUGCGCACCAGCUCGCGGGCCCCGGGCCGGCCGUGCUCUGCGCCCGUGGGCGUGGUUGCAGCAGGCCGGCCAGAACGCGAGGCGCUUUGCUGGUCACGUUCUCCGGCAGGAUCGUACCCGGGAUCUCGGCUAGGACAGUAGGCUCACGUGUGGCUCCAGAGCAACGCUGCGCGCGCUUUUUGCUGCAGAGAUCAUGGUUUUAGGUCGUAUGUUUUCAACAGUUACAUCGAAGCAAGCAGGCGUCGUGGAGCCUCGAGGAA